CAUCUGGCCACAUCCCCGGGAUCACUCAACAGCUCCGCCUCCUUGCCAGUGAUUGGCCGCCGGAACUGUAGCUCAGGAGAGGCACACAGGCGGCCAAUCACCGGCGAGGAGGUGGAGCUUGGAGAGGUGGAGCCGAGCAGCAGUGUGAAGAUCAAAGAAGAUCGAGCGAGGGAGCAGCCGGAUAAGGAAGACAGCUGACAGCCAGGUAUGCUGGCUGUAGAUGGGAGAGGGAGGGAGCGAGCCCAGGCUGGAGCAGGAGUCAGCAAGGUAAGUAUCAUUGGUGUCAGUGGGAGGAAAUAGUGCCCCAUCAUUGGUGUCACUAAUACCAAUGAUGGGGCACUAUUCCUCCCAUUGACACCAAUGAUGGGGCACUACUCCCCCCCCCCCACUGACACCAACGAUGGGGAACUAUUCCUCC